CCCGCGACGACCGAGGCCACAGAAACCACAGCGCCCAGCGGGCCUCGCGCCGAAGCACUACCUCCUGGAACUCGUAGUUCCGUGGUGGUUUGGCAGGAGACCCACACUCGCCGCACUGCCUGCUGGGACUUGUGGUUCCGUCGAGGUUCGGCAGGUGCCCCAGCCGGGCCGGCCGACGCUGCAGCGCGCUAGCCGGACCGUAGGGGGCUCUCUCCGCUCUUUGGCGUAUGAAAGGACUAGAAGUGCUUGCAGAAUAGGAACCUGCCGGGGGGUUCCUCACUCCUUGCUAGAAAAGCGGCCUCUAGAACCGGAGGGCGCCCACCCAGGUGACUGCAGGACCUGGGCCUCAGCUGUCCUGGUUCUUACCCUGGCAGAGGAGCCCAGCUCAGCCUGAAAGGGGGACUGCAGAAGUCACAGUCCUUGGCAGCAGUAGCCCCUCUGGAACAAGGAGUCCCCUCCCCAAGGUCAUGAAGCUGUUGGAGAACUCCAGCUUUGAGGCCAUCAACUCACAGUUAACUGUGGAGACUGGAGAUGCCCACAUCAUUGGCAGGAUUGAGAGCUACUCGUGUAAGAUGGCGGGAGAUGACAAGCACAUGUUCAAGCAGUUCUGCCAGGAGGGCCAGCCCCAUGUACUGGAGGCACUCUCCCCACCCCAGACCUCGGGCCUCAGCCCCAGCAGACUGAGCAAGAGCCAAGGUGGUGAGGAUGAGGGCCCCCUCAGUGACAAGUGCAGCCGAAAGACCCUCUUCUAUCUGAUUGCCACGCUCAAUGAAUCCUUCAGGCCAGACUAUGACUUCAGUACAGCCCGAAGCCAUGAGUUCAGCCGGGAGCCCAGCCUCAGCUGGGUGAUGAAUGCAGUCAAUUGCAGCCUGUUCUCCGCCGUGCGAGAGGACUUCAAGGCCCUGAAGCCACAGCUUUGGAAUGCAAUGGAUGAAGAGAUCUGCCUGGCUGAAUGCGACAUCUACAGUUAUAACCCAGACCUGGACUCAGACCCCUUUGGGGAGGAUGGCAGCCUCUGGUCCUUCAACUAUUUCUUCUACAACAAGCGACUCAAGCGAAUUGUCUUCUUCAGCUGUCGCUCCAUCAGUGGUUCCACCUACACACCCUCAGAGGCAGGUAAUGAACUGGACAUGGAACUAGGGGAGGAAGAAGUGGAAGAAGAAAGUGGAGGCGGAGGCAGUGAGGGUGGGGCUGAGGAGACCACCACCGUGGAAGAGGACAGGGUCCCAGUGAUCUGUAUGUAAUGAGAAGAGCAGAGCCCCCAGCUUCAUUCAGCUUCAACCAGUGCCUGGACCUCCGCACCUGAGGGGCCCUAGGACCUCCCCAGCUGAUGGCCAUACCCUGGCGCUGCCACAGUCCUGGUGCUGCGCAAGAUCACACCUGCCUAGCCUUUUGGCACCAGCCGGUGAAUGUCCACUCACCUCUGCAGGAUCCUACUGCCCAUGCUGUGGCUGGACUAGACAGCACAAGGCCUUGUGGGAAGAAUGACUGCCCUGCCCAGAUGGACUGCCAUAAGCAGGGAUGGACCACAGAAUUUAUUUUUGUAUUUCCUAUUGGGCCUGCACACUCCACCUCAAGGGCCAGUGUCCUGAGGUUCCACAAGCAGGUCCUAGUGGUUAGUGGCUCUGGUCUUGGGCCAGCCCCUGGUGCCCAUCUGUCCCCCCACUUCGCCAGGAGGACUGCGUGCACUGAGUGUCACUUUGCUGCAGCUCAUUUGUUUCCAAUAAAAGUUUCUGUGACUUA